UUUGCUCUAACUAACCUCAAACAACAUUAUUAUUGGACUAAUGACAGAUAAUGGCAAUAAUUAUCACUAACUCUUAGUUAUUUUUAGUGCAUAAAAUAUGACAAGUUGUGAAAUUAAUAAAAUAUUUAAAGGAAAAAUAGCAGCCGUACAAAAUUAUGGUGCUUUUGUAGAAAUACCAGGAUUUAAACAACAAGGUUUAAUACACAAAUCCCAAGUAAGCUCAUCAUGGGUUGAUGAUGUAGCUCAAGUUCUUCAAAGAGGAGAACAUGUUUGGUGUAAAAUAAUAUCCAUAGGAGAUGAUGGAAAAAUAGGAUUAUCUAUGAAACUUGUAAACCAAGGUGACGGUACCGAUUUAGAUCCCACAGGAAUUGAACGUAUGAAAGAUGAGCAAAAAAGAAAAACCGUCGGCCCUCCACAAAAAAAAGUAAUUCAACUUCAAGCAGUGUUAAAUCGUACAUGUAGGAAAUGUGGUCUUCAAGGACACUUUGAACAUGACUGCUUUGGAAGUAUUGAUGGCAAAAAGUAUGAAUUAUUACCAGAAAUUCAAGACGAUUUACCUCCAUCUUCAACGUCAGAUCAACAGCCACAGUUGGAAAAUGAUGAUGUCAAAGUAAAAAAAAAUAAAGAAAAAUUAAAGAAAAAAAAAUCAAAGAAAAGUAAACAAAAAUCUGUUGAUAGUUCUGAUGACGAUAGUUCUGAUGAUGAAAAAAAACGUAAAAAGAAGAAGAAAAAACAUUUAAAGUCGAAAAAAAGAAAGAGGAAGCACAGUAAAAGUUCAAGUGAUGAUUCAGAAGAUAAUGUCAGAGAAAAACAUUCAAAGAAAUGUAAACAUUCCCGAUCUAAAUAUUCUGAUUAAAAUUAUAUCAUAAAAGAUUUAUGGAAUUUAUAAUUAAAGAAAAAGCUUCCCACUUUUGUCCAUACUUACUGGUGUUAAAUAUUUAUAUGUUAAAUGCACAUUUUCAGCAAGAACAUCAGCUGCUAAAUCAAAAUAUUGAAAUUUGCAAUAUAGAAGAAGCAAAUUAGAAAAUGUUUCUGGCGGAAAAGGAUUCUGUUGUAAUAAAAAUUGCAAUUUUUCAAAUCCUUCACUUGGUUUUGUGUCCAUAUUAAUUAGCGCUUGAUUGUGUAAUGUAACAGCAUCUAAUUCUUCUUCUGAUCUUGGAGGCAUAUCUGUUAAGGCUUCUUUAGCUGCUUUAUCUGGAAUAUAUGUACAAUAAUAAUGAGCAUUAUUAAUUAACUAGUAAUACUCAUGAAUAAUUUAUUACUUUAUAGCUUGUAUUUUUCUGAAAAUAAAACAUUUAAAAAAAAUA